AUGUUUAAUGGCCAGCAGUCCCAGAUCUAUGGACUGACUCGCCAGCAACAACAGCAACAACAACAACAACCUCCACCGCAGCUUCUAUCUCCACAACAGCAGCAGCAGCAGCAGCAGCAGCAACAGCAACAGCAACAACAACAGCAGCUGCAGCAGUCAUCUCAAUCAUCUGCAAAUUACAAUGCUAUGCGAUCUCAGUACCCUCAAUACCCUCCUCAGAUGACCAUGGGAAACGGACCUAUCCCUCAACAACAACAACAACAACAACAACAACAACAACAACAACAGCAACAACAGCAACAAGUUUCUCAAGAUGGACUAAUGUCAUACAAGCAAGCUUUACUUUCCAAUUCAAACAAUAUUAACAAUAUCAAUAAUAUCAAUAAUAUCAAUAAUAUCAAUAAUAUCAAUAAUAUUAAUAAUAUCAACAAUAAACCGAGCUCUGGCUCUGCAUCGGCUAAUGCCCUUCGCCAACUAAUCAACCCUGGUGGAGCUUCUGUAUACAACAAUAAUAACAUUAACAAUACGGAACAGCAGAAUCAACAAAAUCAAUCUACAAACAAAGAUGAAGCUUCUGGCGCUCAAUCUAUAGCCACACCAUCGGCCUCAACAUCAACGCUCACUACGGGCUCUAAUGUCUCCACCACCACCACUACCACCAACACCAACACCAGCACUAACACCAACAAUACCACCGCAGUCAUUUCUCAAUCCAACAUGUCAACUCCUACUCCACAAACAGACGAUGACAAGGUUUUUACCUGGAUUCUGGAACUUAUGCAUGGUCCCAACUCAGAACAAGCCCUUUUUGAGCUCGGCAAAAAGCGAGAGCAAUAUGAUGACCUGGCACUCAUUCUAUGGCACUCGUUUGGCGUCAUGACAUGUCUACUCCAGGAAAUCAUUUAUGUAUACCCCUUGCUGUCACCACCACAGCUCACAUCUAACGCCUCUAACCGCGUGUGCAAUGCCCUAGCAUUGCUCCAGUGCAUUGCAUCCCAUGACGCCACUCGUAAACCCUUUCUUGAUGCCCACAUUCCUCUUUUCCUUUAUCCGUUUUUGAGCACUACCCCUAAGUCGCGGUCCUUUGAGUAUUUGAGAUUGACCUCUUUGGGAGUCAUUGGUGCACUUGUUAAGAAUGAUUCACCUGAAGUGAUUCAGUUUUUGCUAACCACAGAGAUUAUCCCAUUGUGUUUACGUAUUAUGGAUUCUGGAACAGACUUGAGCAAGACGGUUGCGAUUUUCAUUUUACAAAAAAUUCUAAUGGAUGAUGCUGGUCUCGAACACAUUUGCCAGACAUUUGAGCGGUUCUCUGCUGUGUCAAAUGUACUUGCGGAUAUGGUUAAACAGUUGGUGGAGUCGCCCACCACGCGGCUGCUCAAGCAUGUGGUGCGGUGCUACCUACGUCUGAGUGACAAUGUACAGGCGCGCAACCAGCUCAAGACUGUGCUUCCUGAGCCAUUCCGUGAUGCAACUUUUAGCAAUACGUUGAAAGAUGAUAGUGCUACCAAGCGGUGUCUUGGACAGCUUUUGUCGAAUCUUUCUGAUCCUUGA